AUGGCGCUCACAUCGAGAACUGAAACGCUCAUGAAGUACAUGAACCUUGACCAGAAGGGUAGCAUCAUCGCGGAAUAUAUCUGGAUUGAUUCUGCCGGCAACUCUCGAUCCAAGUCCAGGACGCUUCCUGCCAAGGAGUACGCCGUCCAGGAUCUUCCUACCUGGAACUUUGACGGUUCUUCCACUGGACAAGCUCCCGGUGACAACUCAGAUGUCUACCUUAAGCCCGUAGCAGUCUACGCCGACCCUUUCCUCGGAUCCCCUAACAUCCUCGUUCUCGCCGAUUGCUGGGACAGUGAUGGCACCCCCAACAAGUACAACUACCGUCAUGAGUGCGCGAAGAUCAUGGAGGCUCACAAGGAGAGGAAACCCUGGUUCGGCCUCGAGCAAGAAUACACCCUCCUCGGCGAAGAUGACAGGCCCUAUGGCUGGCCCAAGGGCGGUUUCCCCGCGCCUCAGUUCCAAUACUACUGCGGUGUUGGCUACGGCAACGUGGUUCAGCGCGAUAUCGUUCUUGCCCACUACAAGGCUUGCUUGUACGCUGGUAUCAAUAUCUCCGGUACUAACGCCGAGGUGAUGCCCGCUCAGUGGGAGUUCCAAGUUGGUCCCUGCGAGGGUAUCCAGAUGGGUGACCAGCUCUGGGUCUCCAGGUUUAUCCUUAACCGCGUCGCCGAAGACUUCGGUGCCAAGGUUUCCGUUCACCCCAAGCCCGUGAAGGGUGACUGGAACGGCGCGGGUCUCCACAGCAACUUCUCCACCGAGGAGAUGCGCGUUGAGGGUGGCAUGGCUCACAUCGAAGCCGCCAUCAAGAAGCUCGAGGCUCGCCAUGCCGACCACAUCGCUGUUUACGGCGAGGAGAACGAGCAGCGCCUCACUGGUAGGCAUGAGACUGGUGCCAUUGACCAGUUCACUUGGGGCAUUGCCACCCGUGGUGCCUCGAUCCGUAUCCCUAGGGAAGUUGGUGCUAAGGGUUACGGUUACUUCGAGGACCGCAGGCCCGCCUCCAACGCGGAUCCUUACAGGAUUACGCAUGCCAUUAUGCUCUCGUGUUUCGGCGAUGCUGAGUAA